AUGGCUCUAAGUCAGCAUUCAACGUACGAUAGCCUGCACGCACCCGCACAGCAGCGCCAGUCCAUCUCCAAUCAAGGGUACCCGAGCGCACAGCAGAACAUGGCAGGGUCUUAUGCACACUUUGGGCUGCAGAUGGGCCAACGGGGAGGAUAUAAUGCGGGACAGAAUGAUCCUGGUUGGACGGAGCAAGUGCUGGAAGAAAUGAAGGACAUGCUCCUGCUCGUGAGUGGCGAAGGCCACAUUACAUAUGCCUCGCCGUCCGCGAAACAAAUCACCGGUCGAGUCUCAACGCAGUUGGAAGGGACCACCCUUACAGAACACAUUCAUGAAGACGAUAGAUAUAUUUUUGAGCGCGAUAUGAGCGAGGCGAUUACAGAUAAUCGACCAUUCCGCGCACAUGUGCGAUUCCAGAGGAGUAAUAACACCUAUGGUCUCGUCGAGAUUUACGGACACCCGCAUAUUGCGGGCGAUGGUGUAUCACAGGGUCGGGAUACCUCCAACCAAAAUCGGUGCAGAGGAUUUUUCCUCAUGUGUCGGCCCUAUCCAUCGAAAAAUUCACUGCUUCUCGACUCUUUCCUGGAACACAAAAUUGAGAAUGCGCGACUAGUGCAACAAAUCGCAAAAUUGAAACAAGAGGAAGAGGAAGAAGCCAUCUUAACCCGCGGCGACUUUGGAAAGGGAGACGGCGUACUUAUGGAUGGUGGAAAUGGACAAGGAGUAUUAAGCGACCAAGACUCCAGUGAAACUGCUGCCGCCAUUUCAGAUGAUUCGGAUGCCAGCGCAGGCCCUGAUUACUUCUCGGAAAGACCAUCUCUACAGAACAUAGGCUUGUCACAUAUUGAUGGCAUCGAAGUGAUGACAGGUCUUCACUAUGGCGACGGCGAGCGGUCACAGGGUUUGAGCACUGGCUUGCGUCGGGGUCGAUUAGUUCACUGUGAUAUUGACAUCACCACUACGGCUGAUCAAGCAAGAAGUGCUCAAGAGGGAGACCGGCGCAAAAGACUCAAGGGUCAACAUCAUUGCACUGACUGCGGAACGGGAGAUUCUCCUGAAUGGCGAAAGGGUCCUAAGGGUCCCAAGACAUUAUGCAAUGCCUGCGGCUGUAAGUUUUCACCGACUAGUCACUUCUUUACCCCCAUGCAUAAACUAACUUGA